AUGAAAAUAGGAGCAGUAGCGUUUUUUGUGGGAUCUGCAGAGAGUUUUUGCUUUGGUGGUCGCUGGUCUAACUGGUCUAAUUGCGAAAUCGAAGGAGGAAAGCAAUGUGGAACUGGAAGUAGAAUUAGAAAGAGACAGUGUGGAUUCGGAGCAGAUGAAGCGCAGGAAAGCGAAAGUUGCGAAAAGGGAAUGCACCAAUGGAGCGAAUGGAGCAGCUGCUGCUCCGAAGGCGAUCGUCAGGAAAACAUUCGCCUUCGAAAGCGCGGAACCAACUGCGGCGUCGAAGUAGUCGAAUUCGGCGAGCAAGUGUGCACCUGGAUUCCUUACAACCCCGCUCGUCCGAGACAUUCUUGCGCUGCUUUCAGAAACGGGCAGCGGCAAACUGGCCGAGCUGGGGGAAGAUUUGAUGCGGAUUCAACCGACUUUCAAUCGGCCAGUAUUUCGGACAGAAACUACGACAACGAUAGAAACGAGCGACCUUGGUAUGCAUCAAGAUAUGGUUUUCAAGUAAAGGACCUCUUCAAAAACAUCUUUGGAACGGGCAACGAGGAAAGCAACGAGGAAAACGUUGAAUCUCCUCCAGUCGAAGAUAAUUCACUCGAAGUCAGCUCUGAUUCAUCAGUUCUUGCUACAGUCUUGGAGAAUGCUCAAUAA